CAAGGAUGGGCGUGAAUAUAAAGUAGAAGUCUUGGGAAAGAGAGUGACAGAAAUGGAUACGGAUGUCUAUGUCCAUUACGAGGGCACGGACAAACGGCUGGACGAAUGGGUUGACAUGAAACGACUUAUGCCGCUGAAGAUACCAUUACCCGCAGAGGGGACAUUACCAGAGGAUGCAGCAUCAGGAUCGGAUUUCACAGUGACCAACAGCGAUGGAAGCCAGGGAUCAUCAGUGUUACUGCCAGAUGUCGCAGGGGAGGGUUCACGGCCGAAACGGAAGUUUAUCAAGGAUGAGGUCCAAUUGCUGAUGGAGUCGCUCAAAACACCCUCGCGCAAGGUAUAUAUACUCAGAGCUGAUCUGGAGUUGUUGUUUUUUUGUCCGAAAGUACAUGUAAGCUGACUCGCCAUAUGAGAUACAUACACAAACAUUGGGGAACACAUAGAAAUCAGGCGAGAUCAGCCAGGACAGUACAACUCGGAGUAGCAACAGCUCGGCC